GGCCACUGGAGCACCAGACGCGAUAAACAAAUGCACCACUAGAGCAUGUGGUUCUGGCCCGGAGGGCCGUCAGCCCGGAACCAGAGGUGCCUCUAGGCUUCACCCCAUUGGCACCACCAAAAUGCGAAGAGAUGGAGGAGUUUGAGAGGUGGGUCCUGUGGCGCUUCGGAACAUUGGGGCAAAGCUACGCCGCCUGGAUCACCGUCUGCACUAUAGUCAUUACAUCAUUCUUUGACGUUGAAAGAAUUCAUCAGAGGCGAACGAUAAGGAUGAUGGAGCAGGAUUCCUUGGAACCAGAGUUAUUGGGUGUCAAGGUCAAACGUGCGGAUGGGACCUUUGAUCCUUACCGAUGGGGAUACGACGAGUCCCCCCAAGGGAUCAUCGGAGGGUGCCACGGCUUUCACUUUGCAAAAGAAGGAGAAGCAUGUUGUCUUUCCCAAAGGUCCAGCAAACUGUUUACCAGCGACAAGAAGGGGUCGACCAAGGACUGGAAGCCCUUCUUCGUCUUUGUCUCGAUGGGGCCCGAAUAUCCUUCCACGGGUUCAGGGCUCCCAUCUUUCCGUCGCCUCCCUUUUCCCCCAUCUGACGCCACCCUCUUGUCCAUGACCCACCAACUAUGCGGCCGAGGGGCUGUCAAUAUUAAGGAAGUGGUGACCGAGGAGUCUCUUGCGAAGAUGGGGUUUGAGUUCGUCCAAGACGAACUUCAUCACCAACCUGAGCUGUUGAGGGAUGUUCCCGGGGGCGGUCAACCCGACCAACCAAUAGGCAUUCCCGGGGAAGGUCUUGAUUGUGGUCCUUUUGUUGAGUUGCAGGAUCUAGGAGAAGAGAUGGACAGCAAUCUCCUGCUCAGUCGCUUCACGGCGGGGAGGAAGAGGAAGAGGGAGGCGAAGGACCAAGGCAAGCGCACUUCCUCCCAUCGAAGGGAUAGUUCUUCUCAAGAGCUGACUGUAAUCGUGGUGGAGGAUCAAGAUGAUUCGGCCCCAGAAAUGGGCACAAUGACGGCCCAUUCCUCUCUGCACCCCCUGGUGCCAGGUGGCGACCUUGCUGGGUCGUCCCAAGGUAUUGUCCUGGAGCGACCUCCUUCGUCACCCGUAGUGACCUACGAGGUGGCGACCGAGGGUCGCUCGACGAGGCUCAGAAUUCCUCCCUCACCCCAUAGUUUAGGGGACGUGCAGAUGGAAACCUUGAUCACCCUGCCCGCGAAAGACCAGGCCCGUAUCUCGGCCGGUUCUGAGGACGACCUCGACAACAUGGCUACACUGGGGAUGAUUGAGGUCGUUGGCAGGAAGUGGGGCCGUCAAGCGGCUUCGGAUGAGGCGAUGAAGGCAGCGGAAGCCAAGCAUAAGGAAUUACAGGAGGAGGUCGCUCGCCUUUUGAGGGAGUUAGAGGAGAAGGAGAGCCGUUGUGCUACGCUUGAGGCAGAGAAAGCCUCCCAAAUGGACCGCUGCGUCGCUCUUGAGGCAGAUAAAGCUUCAUUGUCUUUGGAGGUGGAAUCUGUUUCCGCUCGCGUGGUCGAGUUGGAAGGGGAGAAGUCUGACCUAAUCCAGCAGUUGGAGAUGGAGAAGAGAGACCGGGCCCGCCACGCAAAGGGAGCAGUAGAAUCCUUUAAGUCCUCUCCUAACUUUACAAUGGUCGCCCUGGAGAGGAUGGAUAAGUUGACAGCCGAAUGGCUCAAAACUGAACCUGGGGCCCAAUGGAUGGUCAAAGAGGGGACCAAGUCCUUCAAUUGUGGACUCUUCCACGCUCAACAGGUCUUCCGUGACAGACUGGCUCAACUCCCCAAAGGAUUCUCUCUCCCCGAUCUCGGCUUUCCUCCUCCUUGUCGCUCCUUGGCCGAGUUCGACCCCAGCCCUUACUUGGACGGAGGGAGCUCGAGUGCCUCUGAAGAAGGAGAAGGAGAAGAGGGAGACGACCCCUACAAAUUCUGCCGCCAGUUGCCCCGUCGACAAUGGCCGUUGGUGAAACCGCCACCGGUUCCACCAAACCCUUAUGAUGAUUUCAGCGAGGCGUACAAGGCCCUCUCUACCAACCGUCUGCCUGACGGGCGGAUUCACUGGGAUGCCCCAUGCUCCCUCCAUUCGCUGCAAUGCAUGGCCUGGGGGAGCUUUCACGAUGAACACUUACCCCUCUUAGAGCAUGAGUGCGCAUAUUACGCGAGUCUGGAGCGAUGGACGAACGGAAGUCGCACCAACUCGCCGAUGCGACCUAAAGAUGAGGUGAUGGUGGGGGAAGACUUGGGUUCUUCCAUUCCACACCCUGCUGGUUGCUCGCCCCCCCCGAAAGGCUCCCAGGCGAUCCGGAGUAGCUCGUGCGGCCUCAGGGUCUGCAUCCUCAUCUAGGUGAUGCCGAUUGGGGCUCACAGAAAAACUCGGACUAUAUUACUCUAAGCCAAUUCCUCUCUCUAAACCAUCUAAACCAUCAGCUAUACACAUUCUCUGCUUCCGACUAAUUUCAAAUCGAUCGCCUACUCUCAAUUCAAUCACCAGCUUGAUCAGAGCUUUGAUUUCUCGCCUAAUCAAUCGACUACCGCGCUAUUCUCUACCAAACAAGCAUCAAUCGCCUUCUCGAUCGAGGCUUACACAAGAGCUAUUAUAUAAACUGGUUCUUGGGAACAGACUAUCCAUUCAAAACAAGUCUUAACGCCGAACUGAAUCAAGGUGUGUGAUAAAACAACAGAUUAAUGAAAUGAAAGGGGAAACGCUAGGGGAAAAUCCUCUCCAGUGUUUGAUUGUGUUGAUAAAGAAAAAUCUCGUCUCUAUAAAACUGCCAACAAGCCAGGCUUUUAUAGCUGAAAAACCGUAAAACAUGUUGAAAACCCUAGACCCCUCGGGACCCUGUGCAUCAACUCCUUGCUUGUUUUUUCCGACACCAUGUUGAGCAAAGCUCUAAAUAUUUUGAUCUUUUAAGAAAUGUGUGAUGAUCAU